UUUUUUCUUUCUGCCUUUUUUUUUCUGCCCCCUUCCUGGUCAGCCAAGCGAUCAGGCGGCCAAGUGGUGCCAAAAAGCCUAAGCAGCCCGGGCGGCGUAACCUUUAAUGCAGAAGUCAUACACACAAAUGAAAGUGGGGGACAAGCGACAUGCCACCUUCCUGCUCAAACUCCGCUGGUACGAAGCCGAGACGGAGGAAGCACGUACACAUGGACGUUGGACGGUCAGUCGAGUGAUAAAAGUGGGGUUGAUUGUGGCUCGCACAGUACGGACAGGCGAUGGCAGCCCGGCCCAGAACCAACGAGACCAGACCAAAACCAAACCUGA